AGCUAAUGAUGAGCUAACUUAGGAGUCACACUCCACACCGUUUUGUUACAAAAUUCAUUCAUCAGAAUAGCUCAACAAGAAGGACAUUAUGUCCGCAAACAAUAUGACAGGCCCACAAAGGGUCAACAAAAUUAUCCGAUACAAGCCCCCCACCACGGAGGCGAAUCCCACCCUGGAAGACCCUACCCCAGACUACAUGAACCUUCUCGGGAUGAUCUUUAGCAUGUGUGGCCUGAUGCUCAAGUUAAAGUGGUGUGCGUGGAUAGCAGUGUACUGCUCAUUCAUCAGUUUUGCCAACUCAAGAAGCUCGGAAGACACCAAACAGAUGAUGAGCAGCUUCAUGUUGUCCAUCUCGGCCGUGGUGAUGUCAUACCUCCAGAACCCACAGCCCAUGUCGCCGCCGUGGUAACCGAGGAUGGAUGGCAGUGGGGGCGGUGCCAGAAUGAGAGUGGGACAGACAGAUGACUCGCCUCCUGACCAUCUGGGAGAGGGAGACUAAUAGAGGAGAAUAGAGGGAUACAGAGACAAAGAACAUGGAGGGAUGGACACAAGUCAAGGCCAUGUGGUCUUACACACCGCUCUUUUAUUCUUUAAUCUCUUUAACUUUUGUCUCUUUUUCUGGAGAAAUUUCAUGUUUUCUAUUUAAUUGUCUGAUUCACCUGCUUGUUUUAUGCUCUGUUAGUUGGAAAUAAAGAUUUAAAGGUUUUGUG